AUGCGACGACGCCGGCUGAACGGCCGCCACGGCGCCUUGGGUUCGCGCGCAGAGGCGGGUGUGGAACGGAGAGAACGAAGAAAAAUCGAGGCGAAAAAGAUUCGGCAAAGACGCAGAACGAGGGCAUGGGAGAAAGGACGCCGAAAAUCGCAGGCGCGGGCUGCGGCCGGCAGAGCGGGCAGCGCAGCGCAGAGUCCCCCAGAGGAGAGGAGAAGAGAGCUCCGCGGCUUUUCGCGGCAGCGAGAAAACGAGCACCCCAGCGGCGAAAUCGAGGCGCCAACAAGUCACGCCGCCUCCCAGAAAUGCGAAUGUUUCGUGGGUUUUUUCAGGUUGUCAUCCGAGCCGGCGGCGAGUUGUGCCAGCGAGAAAGGAAAGGAAACACGAGCGCGGCAAAACGACGAGACGGCCUUUCUCUCCUGCGAGAAAGCCAACGAAAAAUAA